AAAUAUUUUGCUAGCAGACGAGGAUGAGAGGCCGAUGGAAAGAUGGCCGACUCGAUGACUGUGGUUAAAUAUGUGAAGUUAAAGCGUAGUGAAACGUGUGGGUUUGGAUUUUCAAUCCUCGGGGGAGCUGGAUCAGAACUCCCACCCAUCGUUUAUGAUAUUAUUGAAGGCUCGCCUGCAGCAAACUCUUGUCAGCUUGCCCCUGGUGAUAUUAUAUGGGAGGUCAAUGGCCAAGAAGUCAUUUCACUCACAACAAAAGAAGUUCUCAAUUGUUUGCGGUUAUCAGCAAAUGAAGUGACACUCAAGUUGAAAACUGAUGCAGGGAUCCAGCAACGUGUUCAGCAAUACUUAGCAACCCCUAACAACCCAGAUGUUCUUCGAACAGCAAUCACAAGAGAUGAUCUUCAGGGAGUAAAGCAAAUCAAAGCAAAGAAGUCUGCCAGUAGAACACCUCCAGAACAGUCAUCUUCAACUCCGCCUUCCCUUCCGAGUCCCACUCUUUCAGAUGCCUCAGACCGGGCUUCAAUAAGCCAUGGUUCAAAUCACACAGCUUCAGAAAAUGGCAUACACAUAAGGGACAGAACAUCAGCAGAAAAUGAACGCAAUACCCACAAGAAGCCCAAAAGUGAAGCAUAUUUGAUGACAGGUGACCUUAUUUUAAAUCUCUCACGGACUUCCCAUGAUCCUAGUUGGCUACCUCAGCAGAAAACCGUUGAUGACUUGAGAAAAUCUGGGAGCUCAAGUGUUCCUACAAGUCCAAAUGAAAGUGAAUUUCAUACAAGUAGGUUAGCCAAACAUGAAGUGGGAAGUCCGCAGAGCUUGUGUUCGCCUGUGUCUGCUGACAAUAACACUGGUGGUGUGCAAUUUACUUAUCCCCCAACUAGCACAUCUGUAAGAAUAUCCAAAUCUGAGGACCAUUUGCAAUAUCAGAAGGAUAAUAUGUGUGCAGUUAACAUAGAGCUAGAUGAUGAUGUGACGUCUUCUCUUAACACGCUUUUAGAUACCCGUGAUGAUUCUAGAACUUCCCCAGACCCCGAGGACCGUGAUCACCGUAUUGUGUGGACAUUCAAUGCCCCAACCUCCCCAGAUAGUGUACAUUCAAGUCAUGAUUCAGACAGCCCCUUAAUCCGGUCUCCCUCCCCAGCAUCUCCUCUCUCCCCAACAUCAUCCAUGCAGUAUUCAUGUAGUGGUGUGUAUGAUAAAAUGUGCAGUGGGCGUGACUCCCUUGGCAGCUCUAACAGGUCUGAGAAUGUUUUAUCUAACAGUUCUAGUUUAACUAGUCCGGACACUGAUGUGCCCGAUGAACUUGAAUGGGACGACACGACGCCUACCUUGCAUAUUCCUUCUUCUCAUGCUAACGGAUUUAGUGCCAAAGAUUUGCUUCCCAAUGGACGUAACAACAUGGGUAGUGUAAUGACUACUGAUAGAGGUCUAGUCUCUGAUAGAGCCAAAGUAAGAAAACAGGAUGAAAAUCGUAUUGUGAUAAAAGUAGAAGGACCUGAUAAGAAUAGCAAGAGGAAAAGACCUCAACAAUUAAGUAAAAGUGGUGAGCAGCUACACCAAGAACCCCCUGAUGUUAACGAUGUUUCCCGUGACCCAGAUUUGACCCCUACUAACACACGACCCCCAACCCCAGGCUCAGGCACCCUCUCCCCCGACACUUUAGCUUAUCAGGAAUUACGUGAAUCUGAAGAUGAAAUUACCUGUCUUUCAGAAGAGGAUGGGGUAGGAAAGGCUUCCAUACGAACCUCAAGUACCACCUCUCCUCCUCUAAGUGAAGAUGAGUCAGACAUUGACUCUCUGCACAGCUUCCAUUAUAGUCCUAAGGCUGUGGACAUCCCGUCUGCUGUCAGAUUGGCAAAACGCCUUGUUACCCUAGAUGGCUUUAAGAAAUCUGAUGUUUCCAGACAUUUAUCUAAAAAGCCAACCCUAGGAAAGCUGUUGAUCAGCUCAGUGGUCAGCAAUGAAUUCAGUCGUGCAGUUGCUGAUGAAUACCUUAAUUACUUCGAUUUUCGAGGUGAUACCCUUGAUGUGGCCUUGCGAAAGUUUUUGGACAAAUUUUGUUUAGCAGGGGAAACUCAGGAGAGAGAACGUGUUCUAGUCCACUUCUCCCGUCGCUUCCUUGACUGCAAUCCUGGCACCUUCAACUCUCAAGAUGCUGUACAUACUUUAACCUGUGCCCUGAUGUUGCUCAACACGGAUCUACACGGGCAGAGUGUGGGACGCAAAAUGACCUGCAAUGAAUUCAUUGAUAAUUUAGCUGACUUGAAUGAUGGCGAAAAUUUCCCCAGAGAAGUGCUCAAAUCUCUCUAUCAUGCAAUACGUAAUAAGCCUUUGCAGUGGGCCACGGAUGAAGAUGCCGAUCAUGAUGCAAGUGGAACAAGUAAAGGUGGAAGUGGUGUCUCAGACUCACAAGCAGUUGUAGGAAGUAACCCUUUCCUCGCACCUCCAUCCGGAAAUGGUAUUCAGUACAAGAAAGGUUAUAUUAUGCGGAAGUGUUGUACAGAUCCAAAUGGGAAAAAAACUGCGUUUGGUAAACGAUCUUGGAAAAUGUGGUUCUGCGUUAUACAAGAUUUAGUGCUAUACCUUCAUAAGGACGAACAAGGUGCCCGUCGUGGGCCCCAGCAUGCCCAGUUAGGCCACAAUGCCAUCCGGCUACAUCAUGCUCUAGCUACAAGGGCUCAUGAUUAUUCAAAAAAAGAACAUGUCUUCCGAUUACAAACUGCUGAUCAAGCAGAAUAUUUAUUACAAACAAGUGACAGCAAAGAACUUCAGGCGUGGAUUGACACUAUAAACUUAGUUGCAGCCAGUCUAUCAGCAGCUCCUCUGCCAGGAGCCGUUGGUUCUCAGCGCAAAUUCCAACGACCUCUCUUGCCUUGCAGUAUAACUAAACUAACUUUGAGUGAGCAGCUGGAAGAUCACACUGAAAGAUUGGCACAAUUAGAACGGGAGUUAGAAGACCACAAAGCUCAUCCACCAGAGAGAAAUUCAAAGGUUGCUAGUGCUUCUAAUUAUCGAGAGAAAGAAGCUUAUCUCACGAGUGAAAUCAAGAGAUACCGAACGUAUGUGUAUCUCCUUCGUUCACGACUGACUACUCAGCAAGGUGGACAGCAGGGAACAAGUUCAGGAUUAGAUGUUGGUGACCUUCCUGUUUUUGAAGCUCGUCCGGUUUCUGAUGGAUCUGAUGGUGGGGAUCGUGGAAGUAGGGUGAUACCCCCUCCUAUUCCUGAGCGCGCACGGCCAGGUGACAGCCCCCCGCCCCCCAACCCCGACGACGACUUGCUAGGUGAAAAUGAGGAUUUCGGCACCAUUCGCUCCAAGAUGGAAUUGAUUGACGUUGAUAAUCUGGAGAGUUUGACCAAGAGUACCCAAGAAGAGGAUGAUAAGAGUAACCAAGGAACGCUCAAGAGGAAAAACAAAGAGGACAAAGAAAAAAGAAAACUAGAGAAAGAAAACGAAAAAUUUUUCAAGGAAAUGGAGAAGAAAGAAAAGGAAAUUGAGAAGAGAGAAAAGGCCAGGGAAAGAAAAGAACAGGAAGAAGAGAAGAAGGUUAAAGAGAGAGAAAAGAAGGAAUUUGAAAAGCAAAAGAAAGAAAAAGAGAAGCAACUUAAAGAGCAUAAGAAAAUAGAGGACAAGAAAGAACCUCAAGAUGAAGCCAUUGAGGACGAUCCUCGAAUUGGCACCCUAGACAGAAUCUCGGCCCUUUUCCGUUUCAGUAAACUGAACAGCAAAGACAAGGGGGAAGAAACAGAGAAGGACGACGAUGCCAAAGGAAAUCAGACCUUAUAUGAAAACGUGGACCCAGAGGCACCCCCCCUCCCCCCAAAGCCUGCACCAAAUUCUCCCAUCAUGAGAAAUAUUGGAACCCGCUUAGAUAUAUGAUGUAGUACAUAGUUGUGCUCCUAGAUCCUUUACAGAUACUAUUUGCUUUUUGAACUGUUGUUUGGUGAAUAGGGUAAAAUGUUAACAUCUUUUGUGGUAAUAAAGCUUUGGUAGUAGCUAAGUUCCUUGACAGCUGCUCUUCUUGGUAUUGCCUCAUCGUAGGAUAUAUUACAUGCUGCAGAAAGGCUUCAGGAAAUGGACUAAUGCAACAGACUUCUUAGGUUGUGCCUUUUGAAUGUAAAAUAUUAUUAUCCUUAGCAUCCUUAAUGUAAAUUUACAUACAUGUCUAGUCACUUUAGUAUUCCCAAAGAAGCUUAAAAAAUUGCGAGUAUGGCUAAUGAUGCCUUUUAACCAUAAUUAACAUGAUUUUUACCAAAGAAACUUAAAAAUUGUACUUUUCCCGUUUUUUUGUGUUGUGAAAACCAAAAUGGUGGGAAUGCUGGAGAUAACAGAAUAAAAGAUGCAAAAAUACAACA